AUCGUGGUCUACCUCUUCCGGUUCAGAGGUUAACGGGGUCCUUCCAGCGCGGAUUAGAACCAGAACGCUUACCGACUGUCAGCAAAAUACAUUCAUUUCUCUCCUUUAAACUACUUUAACGAGCUGUAAACAUGUCUGGAAGAGAAGGAGGCAAAAAGAAACCACUGAAGGCACCGAAGAAGCAGUCAAAAGAAAUGGAUGACGAUGAAGUUGCUUUCAAGCAGAAGCAAAAGGAGGAACAGAAAGCCUUGGAAGCACUCAAGGCCAAAGCUUCUGGAAAAGGACCUCUAGGAAGCAGCGGUAUCAAGAAGUCAGGCAAAAAGUAAAGUCUGAAUCUGACCACGGUGUUUGUUUGCUCCCCGGCCUCACUUUUCUUUGUCUGCGAUGUCAGAAUGUGCUCCAAGAAGAAGAAGAAGAAUCCAGUUUGUCUUUAAAGUGAACCCCAUAACACCUGAAACCCUGCCCCAGCUUCAGCGCUGAAAUGAACAAAAUAAAUAAAAGCAUUUUGAAAAGUUAACAACAGAAUAAUUAUUACUUUGCUAAUCAAGCCCAGUUCACACAUCACAACUCUAAGACAUGUUAUCAGAUGUUAAAUUGUGAAUAUUAUUAUUUUGGUCACUCAGUCAAACACACAUCUUCAAACACGGUUCAGAAAUGACAUUGUUGUGCAGAUUUAGAAAGACUGGAAUUCCUGAGUAUCUUUGUGUGCUAACACAAACCACGCCGAGUUGUUUUUCCUAUGAUUUUGUUGUAUUGUAAACAGGGAGAUGCUAUUAAAGUUUUUGUAAUGAC